AUGGAAAAUGUUGUAGCUGAAGAAUACUGGAGGAAAAGAGCUGAAGAGGAAACGGCAGAAAACACCAGCAGAAAAUAUCAACAUGGAAGAGGUAUUUGCACUGUGUUCAUUUUAGAUAUGUCAGAGAGUAUGAAAGGGGAAGGAUUCCGCCAAAUGAAGGAGAUAUUUAUUGAUAUCAUGCAAGAGUAUGAAGAUUUACAUUUAGACGACAAUAUCGCCGUGAUAGGAUUUGAAGAGGAAACAAAAUUUCUUCAUUACUAUUCCAACAAUUAUUAUUCCAUCAAGAAAUGCCUAGAUAACAUCGACUGUAAGGGACCAUCCCCUAUGGAGGCAGGGAUACUACUGUCGUUGUCGUGUAUUCAGUUCGGAGGAGGUCACACAAUACCUUUGGAUCCUCUUGUAAUCAGAGCUAGGGUUGUGGUGAUAACUGAUGGACAUCCCACCGAUAUGUCUAGCUCUCUGGAGUCGUACAAUUCACCAAACAACAGCGAGGCAUUCAAUAGACUUUUGUGUCUAGUUAGUGACAGAGGAAGAUGGAACCCAUUUACCUUUAUAGCUGUUGGCAAAACUCCGAAUUGUAGUCUUUUAGGAGCAUUGGCAGUUGCGUCUAGGGGUGGGCGAAUAUUGCAACCAGAAGAAGCUCGACAGACUGCCAGAUUUUCUUUAAACAGUAGAAUGGCAAAUGAAUUGUUAAAUCAUUAUCCCGAGGAGUCAAUAUCGGAAAACCUAGUAAGAAGGACGGUGUUCCAAACAAGAGGUUAUCAACGUUCAAGUGAGGAUGACAUUAAUCAAAUAUGUGAAAUACUGAAUGAAAAAAGCGUAUAUACGAACGACGAGGCAGAGUUCGGUGCAAGUGAUGAAGAAGAAUUCAAAGAGCGAUAUUCCACAAUGCCUUGUAUUGGAACAAGAGUAAGAAGAGGCAAAGACUGGGAAUGGGGAGAUCAAGAUAGUAAUGAAGUGGGCACGGUCGUUGGUCAUAGUACACAGGUUGGAUGGAUAAAUGUUCAUUGGGACAAUGGCAGGGUCUUGAAUUACCGAUAUGGAUAUAAUGGAUUAUUUGAAGCAUAUGAUCUAACCGUUUGUGAUGAACCAAGGACCACAUCAAAGGGAAAAGUUGCAGUUGGAUGUCUCGUGAAAAAAGGACCAGAUUGGCAAUGGGGUGACCAAAACGGCAGCGAGGAGAGCAUUGGGACUGUCUAUCGAGUAAAACACAAUGGAGUUGUGCAUGUGCGAUGGCCAAAUGGAAACAAAAGUAAUUACAGAUUUGGCCACAAAAAUAAAUAUGAUCUUGUUUUGUGUGAUCCAAAUGACCCUGAAGUUAUGGAAUCGCUGAAAAAUCCACCAAGCCGCCUUAAUGGGAGAAAAUCAGAAAUAGACAAGGAAUGGAAAUGA